CAUGGCUUGUUGUAAAGCGCUGCCGCUGCCACUAUCACAGUUAAAAGGUGUACCAAUUGAGGAAUGUUUAGACGAAAUGAGAAAAUCACCAAAACCAGCUUCCGAUGGAAAUUGCGAGCUCGAACAAUGUAUAGGCUAUAAAAUGGGUUAUGUGACUGAAGAUGGGACUUUUAUAAAGAGUGCUAUAGAACCAUUUAUUGCUGACGCCUUCGGAAAGCGACCUGGACUAGUUGAGAAUAUCAAAAAGAAUUGCAUCAACGCUGAUGUUAAAGACUAUGGGUUUGAUCAUUUCUGUGAACUGAAGAAAUUCGAUCAAUGCCUACUAAUACAAUAUGCAAUGUCAUGCCCUGAAUUUGACAACCGUGGACGUUGCAGUGAAAUUAAAAGCCUCGCAGAAAAAUGUUAUGCUGAAUAAUAUGUUAUUGAAACUUCACUCAAUGGUUUAUUAAUACAUUUUGAAAUAUAUAAUACAUUUUGU